CCCUGUAAACAGAAAGUGUUAAAGAUGUUCAAACAGUUAACAAUAGGCGUAUGAAAAAGUUUCUAACGACUGGCAGGCGCCGAUUUGCUGAUUUUGAAACAAGAGGGGUGGAAAAAACACCCUUUCGUUCAGUGUUUCUUCCGGAGCAGAAGAAGUGCAAUCUGAAAUUACCGUCUCUCUGGUAGCAGAAAGAAAAUGAGACGCACAAAUAACCGAAACUUUAAAGAGACAUACUUUGAGGGACAGCAUCUAAGUCUGUCGGACCUAAAAGAAACUAAUAUACAGAACAGAUACCUGUAUAAGAAAAACAUCCCUGCUUAUCCAGAAUCUGUGGAGUUCCAUGUAGAGAAAGUGUCUCAUGUCACUGGAGAAAGUGGUCUUAGGGGUAUUUUUCUCGAUUCAGGGUUCAAACAGCCACCAGAGCUGGUGGCUGAUGAUCAGCACCAUUUUCUCUGGUGGGAUUUAGCAGUCACACCUGAUGACAUAUCCUCAGCAGAGGAGCAUUUCCUCACGUCCUUAUUCCCUCAACGAAGAGCUGCUCAAAUUCGCAACCAGCCACCCGUCCUUGAACGCUUCACCAGCUCAAAGGCCUUCCAAGAAAAGUCUUCCUAUGGAAACUUCCGCUUCACCUUUUCUCUUAAGGAGCUUCUUUGGCACUAUGGUGAGCAGUUCUGUGGUGGACACAGUCCAGUUCUGCGUGUGUAUGAGACUGUGCUUUACCGGCGAGAGAUUCUCUAUAAGAUUGUGGUGCAUCCUCGUCACAUAAAUCUUUAUGACUGCUGUCCUCGACUGCCUGAUUGGGAAGACGGCGUGUGUGGGUACUAUGAUGGGGCUUUGUGGUGGCGCUGUCAAGCCCCCUCUGAAACCUACAAGCUGAAGCUUGAGGUGAACAGGCUGAAUUGUAGUGUUCAUGUGAGACCCCACAAAGAAGAAUACUAUAUGUGGGAUCAAGUGUGUGUAGCAUUCCACAUGGAGCCGGGGUGGGUGUUGCAUGUGGACCAAAACAGGCUGUUAAAAAGGGUGAAUGUGUGUGAAGUGUCUCAACCGCGUCUUCUGAGACCUCCCGAGACUCCGUUGAGUUUAAACGAGGCUGAGCGUACACUAGCUGAUCUUAAGGCAGAAAUGGGGAGAGCUGAGGCUUGAAGCUAAACACACCGCAGUCUUUGCUAAAUGUCACAUUCACAUGGAAUAGCAAAUAAUGUCAUUGAUGUUAGUUUCAUUAAAAAGCUUAUAGUGCACAGUAAGAAACAUUUGUGAACUCUGUUGUGCAUAUUGUAUUUCUUUUGCAUUAACGACUCCUAUCAAGUAGCAUUGUACAUUGCUGUGAAAUUAAA